UGAGAUAAUGCAAAAAAAGUCACACAGGUGUCCGGGGUGUACUGUGCAGGCGCGUAAGCAUAUAUCGUAUCACCUGGCGAGCCGCUGCGCAUGCGCAGAACGCGUCACUCCGAUCAUAAUAAUAAUAAACCCUUUCACCGCACGCUCCGAGCGGAGAACGGCCGAAGUUCAACCUGCAGGGGUUUGACACGUAUGCCGUUUCAUUCGCGACAAAAGGCUAAAUGUCAAUUAUCUGCGCCACCUCGGCUCUGCUCAUCUCCUUCGCUUUGUAAUCACGAGCAGGACACAAGCUGAUAGACGAGACACCAGCCAGGACAAGAUGAGUAGCAUAGCCGAUCAGCCAUGCUACACACUCAUAAACAUUCCCACGGACUCGGAGCCGCUGAACGAGCUCCAGCUCAAGCAAGAUCUGGAGAAGGGUGACGUUAACGUCAAGAUCGAUGCUCUCAAGAAGACCAUCAACAUGAUCAUGAGCGGCGAGAGGCUGCCUGGCCUCCUCAUGACCAUCAUCAGGUUUGUUUUGCCGCUGCAGGAUCACACUAUCAAGAAGCUGCUGCUCAUCUUCUGGGAGAUCGUGCCCAAGACAACCGCAGAUGGCAAGCUCUUGCAGGAGAUGAUCCUCGUCUGCGAUGCUUACAGGAAAGACCUGCAGCAUCCCAAUGAAUUCGUCAGGGGAUCUACCUUGAGAUUUUUGUGCAAACUUAAGGAGCCAGAACUUUUGGAGCCACUCAUGCCAGCCAUAACGGCUUGUUUGGAGCACAGGCAUUCCUAUGUUAGACGCAAUGCUGUUUUAGCAAUAUUCACUAUAUACAAAAACUUUGAGUUCCUCAUUCCCGAUGCUCCGGAACAAAUUUCAAAGUACUUGGAAACCGAGCAGGACAUGUCCUGCAGAAGGAAUGCUUUUCUCAUGUUGCUACACGCAGAUCAGAGCAAGGCUCUUUCUUAUCUCUCUGCGUGCUUGGAUCAAGUUCCAAGCUUCGGUGACAUUUUGCAACUUGUUAUUGUCGAGCUGAUUUAUAAGGUCUGUCUUGCAAACCCAUCUGAGCGAGCUCGUUUUAUUAGAUGUAUCUAUAGUUUACUGAACUCACCAAGUGCCGCAGUUCGUUACGAAGCAGCUGGUACUUUAGUUACGCUUUCGAGUGCUCCAACUGCUAUUAAAGCUGCUGCUUCUUGUUAUAUUGAAUUAGUUGUAAAAGAAAGUGACAACAAUGUCAAACUGAUUGUUCUGGAUAGGCUAAUUUCUCUGAAGGAUAGUCCCAAUCAUGAAAGAGUUCUUCAAGAUCUUGUGAUGGAUGUUUUGCGGGUUCUAGGUUCUCCCGCACUUGAAGUAAGAACGAAAACACUUGCUCUUGCAAUGGAUUUAGUUACAACGAGAACUAUAGAAGAAAUGGUGCAACUACUGAAGAAAGAAAUCGUCAGAACAUCUGGUGGUGAACAGGAAGAUGCUGGAAAAUACAGACAACUUCUUGUUAGAACAUUACAUUCUUGUUCCAUUAAAUUCCCAGAAGUGGCUGCAACAGUAAUCCCAGUAUUAACAGAUUUCCUUGCAGAGAGCAGUGAAGCAGCAGCAAAUGAUGUACUUGUAUUUAUUCGCGAAGCCAUUCAAAGAUUCGAAAAUCUGAGACCCUUGAUCAUUGAAAAACUUCUCGAGGCGUUUCCACAAAUUCGGUCAGUCCAAGUUCAUAGAGGAGCUUUGUGGAUUCUUGGCGAAUAUGCUACAUCCAAAGAAGAUAUCGAAACUGUAAUGGCGCGCGUAAGAUCUGUUCUUGGCGAAUUGCCUCUCGUCGAGGCUGAAAACAAGAGGCAAGCAGGUGACAAGCCUCCAGAAGAGGAAGAAGGUAGCCAAGCUGCGCCUGCACAGCUGGUUACUUCCGACGGAACGUACGCUACCCAGAGUGCAUUCAGUUCAGCUUCUUCUGGCAAAAAAGAAGAGAAGCGUCCCGCUUUAGUGCAGUAUAUGAUGGACGGCGACUUCUUUAUUUCCGCUGCACUAGCUACCACAUUGGCUAAGUUAGCUCUGCGCUACAAGGAAUUGGAAAAAGACGGAAAGAAGAGUAAGAGGAUGCAAGCUGAAUCGAUGCUCAUUAUGUCGAGUCUUCUUCAGCUGGGUCGUUCUGGUCUACCAUCGAAAGCCAUAACGCACGACGAUGCCGAAAGGAUCUCCCUAUGUCUGCGUUCCUUGGCCUGUCCAACUCCUCUCGUACAAAAAGUAUUCACAGAAGGUUGCAGGGAUGCUUUGGGCAAAAUGCUUACAGCCAAGGCCGAAGAGGAGUCACAAAACCAAAAGGCAAAGGAAAAACCCGGAAAUAUAGUGCAGGUCGACGAUCCCAUUCAGUUCCUCCAGCUGAACAAAAGCUCGGAUCUGACGGGCGGAGCUGGCGAUGUAUUUGAGCAAAGUUUGAGUGCCGCAGUUGCCGGCAGAUCUGGUGGUGAAAAGGAGGCUCCUGCACCUAGUGCCCUCAGCAAGGUAACCCAACUGACCGGUUUCUCCGACCCGGUCUACGCCGAGGCUCUUGUUCACGUCAACCAGUACGAUAUCGUACUCGACGUGCUCAUUGUCAAUCAAACCGAAGACACUCUGCAAAACUGCACGUUGGAGCUCGCCACCAUGGGCGAUUUGAAGCUCGUCGAGAGGCCGCAGCCGAUUGUCCUGGCACCCCGAGAUUUCGCCAGCAUCAAGGCGAACGUCAAGGUUGCCUCGACGGAAAACGGAAUUAUUUUCGGCAAUAUCGUGUAUGACGUCAGUGGUGCUGCUUCUGACAGAAGUGUUGUGGUGCUGAACGACAUUCAUAUUGACAUCAUGGAUUACAUUGUCCCGGCCACAUGCACAGACGCCGAGUUCCGGCAAAUGUGGGCGGAGUUCGAAUGGGAAAACAAGGUCUCAGUCAACACGACGCUUUCAGAUCUUAGGGAAUAUCUUGCUCAUCUUCUCAAAUCCACAAACAUGCGAUGCCUCACUCCAGAGAAGGCUCUCUCCGGUCAGUGCGGCUUUAUGGCGGCAAACAUGUACGCCAAGUCGAUCUUCGGCGAGGACGCUCUGGCGAAUCUGUCGAUCGAGAAACCUUUGAACAAGCCGGAUGCUCCAGUGGUCGGACACAUCCGCAUCCGCGCCAAGAGCCAGGGUAUGGCCCUGUCGCUCGGCGACAAGAUAAAUUCCGCGCAGAAAACUGCUCAGAGCAAAGUUGUGCAAGCAGCCUAAUCAAGCCCAGACACGGUAUUGUAAGAAUUUUUCAAGAAUUUGUGCGGUCGGCAUUCAAAUAUAAAUAUACAGAGAAAACUUUUUUCGGUACACUGUUUUUAUCAUCGACAUCUGCGAGAAUCCCUCGAUUCAUUCUUUUGCAAAUGUGUGCGAAUGAUUAUGUGUGAAUGAGGAGCGCGUUUGAUUCUCACGCUGAGCGAAGUUUUAUGUCCCGAAACCAAUGUUAAAUAGCACACAAGAAAAUCAAUUGAUUGCAUUCUCGCGUUUCGCGUAAUGAGAAGAUGGACUUUUUCGAACGUAAAGAUGGGUGAUUGUUAUAAUUGAAUUCGGUAUAAGAGAAUAAGAAGAUGCAUGUAUUUGUAGUUGAGUAAAUAAAUAUUAUAUAUAUAUACAUAAUA